CUCAGUUGGUGGUAUAUUUUCGUCGCGUUUGGACGUGUUUGAAUCGUUGCGAGGUGUUGGUUUUUCACGAGUGAUUACAGGAUUUUUGGUGAUAAGUGCAUGCUGUCGUGUUAAAUAGCUCUUCCAUAGGUCAUUUGAUUCGAUCUCCCCUUGCAAGAUGAUUUCCAAACUACUAGUCCUGUCCUGCCUGGUGGUGGCGGCAAUCUGCGAAUCAAAACUGAAGGUCGACAUGGUCAGCGUUCCGGAGGGAUGCACCACCAAAAGCAAAAACGGUGACAUGCUGACGAUGCACUACACCGGCAAGUUAACCGAUGGAACUAAAUUCGAUUCAAGUUUUGACCGAGAUCAACCGUUUACCUUCCAACUGGGAGCCGGCCAGGUUAUCAAAGGAUGGGAUCAGGGGCUGGUCGAUAUGUGUGUCGGUGAAAAACGAAAACUCACUAUUCCACCGGAGCUGGGUUACGGAGAGCGAGGAGCCGGAAAUGUGAUUCCCGGUGGUGCCACUCUGGUGUUUGAUGUUGAACUGAUCAACAUUGGCGACUCGCCACCAACCACCAAUGUGUUCAAGGAAAUCGACGAGAACAAGGAUAUGCAGCUGAGUCGUGAAGAGGUCAGCGAGUACCUCAAGAAGCAAAUGGUCGCCGCCGACGGUGGCCAGGAAUCGGACGACAUCAAGAACAUGAUCGCCGAGCACGACAAGCUGGUGGAGGAGAUCUUCCAGCACGAGGACAAGGACAAGAACGGGUUCAUCUCGCACGACGAAUUCUCCGGUCCGAAACAUGACGAACUGUAAGGUUCCCUUCCGGCUCCGGAUGGAUGGAUGGAUGACUCUUCAUUUCUGUCCAACAAAUCUAUUACUCUUCCACGGGCCUGUGCAGGGAUUACCUGCUGCUACUUCCCCCCUCACUUUCGCAAUCAUUCCGUUUUUUAUGCGAGCUCCAGUUUCAGCUGUUGAAGUUUAUACACAUAUUAGAACCGCGAAGAAACGAAGUUUAGUUUCAGCCAAUAAUCAGAUUACGGUCGUCGCACAAUGUUUAUUUUUUGUUUUUCUUCCUAUCGUUGACACUUUAUGAACUAUGAAUCGGUAUAUUUUUAAAAAGGGAAGCGAGGCGUAGAUUAUUUAUUUUUUACAUUAAAAUAUUUUUUGCGAACAAAUCAGUAGGUAACGAAUAGUGAACAAGUUAGAAUUUGUUGUAGUGGAAGUUAUCAUCGGGGAUGCCAAUUCCCGUUCGUGUAUAUACGUUUUAAUUGCGUACAAAUGGCACUGAUCAAUUGAAUAAAAAAAACUUUGGUUUGGUUGUUAUAGGGAAUUCAUUACUUAACGAAUCAGUGGUUAGAUAUGGAAACAAGUUCAAAAUUUUACCUUCAGUUGGAAGCUAGCAGAAAACAACAAGAAAACAUACGAUAAACAUAUCACAAUGAGGAUAAUAAAACGUUUUG